AGCAGUUUUAGACGAUGAGUUCAUCACAUGAUAUAUCGACGACUGAAUCCGCUUGCUCAUCUGAUCGUACUAUGGACAGUAUUACAGAUCAGCUAUCUUCAUGUUCUUCUUGUGGUGAAAUGCAGACGGAAUUUCCAUGGAACAUAAUCGACAACCCGCUGCCGACUGUGCCUGACUUCGGAAGUUUAUCGAAAGAUUAUGGGCAGCCACUGAUAAUUCACUUCUACAGCGAUCUGCACGGCAACAUAGUAUCGCGCAUUGGUGAUUUUCAAGAUGUUCCCGUUUUGGAGGCUGUUAGAGCUUUGAAUGCACAGCCCCUUUACACACAGAGCAUCAAUCUCGUUGUGAGGAUAGACCGCUGUGAUGAGGAUGAAAUAGCAUUCAUUUUGCCAACGCUCCGCCUUCUACUCUUUCGCUGUCGCAUAAGUUUUGCUGUCAACGAUUGGGAGCGAUGUGUUCUUGAAAUGGACGACUACAAUCAUGCAGUCAGAAUAGUGGAAGUGAUAUCCGAAUUUACAGACAAGAUUUUUGAGCUCAAUAUAGGAUCAGUACAGCAUGUAAAGGAACAGCGAAUUCGUAACAUUAUAGAAGAAGAAGCCCUUCAUGUCGUGCAGUUACUGGAGGAAUGGCUUCCCAAAAUUUACACUACUUUGAGAUGUUGCAGAUGUCUUCGCAUAUUUGCUUUCAUCCGUCUUGACGCGCACCUCUCACUCAUGCUAAACCGCUGUCCUAUGCUGAGCCAUCUUACCCUUGCAAGGAUUUCUGAAAUAUCUUGUCCUUGUUUCAAUAACCUGCAGUCGUUCGAGUUCAAUGGAUGCGGAAUGGGGUACGCAGAAGAAGAUUUGACUCUUGGGAAGUGCUUAGUCAAAUACUUCCCAAAUGUGCGUGUAAUUGGAUUUCGGGAAGUCUGCUUUGAUCCAGUGAUAUCAAGCUUGAUCAGAAAUUUAACACCGACGGGCCAGCGCUAUGAGAUUUACCAGAUAGUUUCCACUCAACAGUUUACUUCCCUUGUGAAGUCAAUGUUUGCCGAGAAGUACCCGACCGAAUGUAAUGAUCAUGUCGAGUUAGUGAACGUUAGAUAUGGAACUUGUCUCAUUGUUUAUGGAAAACAUAAGAUUUAUCGUAUGCAGUAUUGAUGCAUGACGGUUAUUGUUAUCAUAAGAAAUUAUGGGGCCUGUACUUUGAGCGAGCUUAUUCCGAAAGUUGCAUUUCGUUAGCUGUAAGCAACGUAAUUUUUUAAAUAUAGAUUUUAGUGUGCC